CAAACUGCCCCAGUAUAAAUAACCCGAUUGAUAGAACAACUCCCAACAAUCGCUUCAAUCUCUCAGAUUAUCAUGUCGAUUAUCAAGGACAACCUUCUGUAUCCAAGCAAGGCGAGGUAUGGACGAUUAUCUGAAAACCAGCCAAGACAUUUCUUUUGUUGAGGCUUACUUGGCAGCCAUCAACCAACAAGUCAAAGAGAAAGGUGAUCGGCCGUUUGUCGUAAAUGCCGGCAUGGCUUUGGCAGAGGCAGGCAUCCCAACCUCAGACAAGAGCUUAGGCCCCAAACAAAUCAAUCUAGGAGAUAUUGACCCCCUGUCCCGGCGAUUUGCUUCCAUCCUCUACCAACAUGGCCUUCGUCGAGGCGAUUAUUGCCAGAUUGUAUGGCCCAACACAUCCUUGUUCCAAAUAGCCGUCUUGGGGAUAUGGCUUUGUGAAGCCAUCCCAUCCUUGUGUGACUACACGUUUCGGGCCAAGGGUCUGGCUCUCCAGAUGCAGGAUGCAAACCCCAAAGUCAUCUUGGCCACCCAAUACAAUUUGGACACAGUUGAGGAGUCCUUGAAGAUCUGGAACAAGUCCACGAAUGAGGUCCCGAUCAUUGUGUUGGGAAAAAAUGAUCCAAAGCUCGACAAGUACCCCAACUUUGAGGGAAUGGUUAACGACAAAAAGAUGCGGCCACCAGUUCCAAGGCAAGGUCCAUUUUUGAGAGACAAUGUGGCUGCUUUGUUCUGGUCAUCAGGGACGACUGGCAAUCCCAAGGGAAUCCAACAAACCUACAACCUGUUUCUUCACCACAUGAUGCCCAGCAAAUUUAUCACAGGGAUAGUUAUCCAAAGCACUUUAUUCUUUCAUAUCGGUGGAUUCGUCACGCCUCUUCACUCAGUUUUUCACCACACUGAUUACUUCUUCAAUGGUGAAGACAUCGCUCCUGACUGUCUCAAUAUUCUGCGUGCAGUGGACAAGUUCAAACCGGAGUUUUUGGUCAUAGGAACACAUCAUUGCAACCAGAUGAUCGCCCUUAGGCCAGAUGUCAUUGCGAAUCUGGACCUCAAGUCGAUCAAGGUGGUGGCUCCCUUGGGUUCCACUGUUCACUCUGAAAUGAUCCGCGACGUCAAGAUCUUGUUCCCCAAUUGUGUGGGUUGUCUCAACCUUUACAAUAUGAGCGAAUUAGGACCAAUGGUGGCAUUCAACAUGUCACCUCGGGCUUUGGGAGGAAUUGGCACCGGGAACAUUGUCAAGAUUGCAGAUCCUGAUACGGGAGAGGCCUUGGGACCCCACCAAGUGGGCGAGAUCCAAGUCAAGCCCAUUUUCCAUAUGAAAGGCUACUUGAACCGACCCAAGGAGACGGCGGAAUUUUUCGGUGCAGAUGGCUUCUGCCGGACUGGAGACAACGGGCAUUACGAUGAAGAAGGGUAUCUGUAUUACGACAAUCGUCUGAAGGAUCUCAUGAAGCCCGACAACAAGCACGUGUAUCCAAUGCAGAUCGAAGAUGUUAUGCAAAGGCAUCCAGAGGUUUUGGAAGCGUGUGCCUUUGGCCGACCCCAUCCGACGGCCGUGGAAAUGGUGACGGCUGCUGUGGUCCUUGUUUCCGGGUCAAAAUUGACUGAACAGGAUAUCAAGGAUAUGGUGGCCAAUGAAUUGGAAAGCUACAAGCAUUUACAUGGAGGAGUGGUUUUUGUCAAGGAUGGCCUCCCUAAGAAUGAGCAAGGGAAGUUUUUGCGCAAAGAAAUGAUAAAAUUUGUUCCGAAUGCAAAGGUUUAGAAAUAGUCCUCCGUGCAAAGUGAUUAAAACCUGGUCAUACUAGAGAUUGAUUUUUUGUUUGAACUUCCUAUUAGAAUAUGUCAAUAUUUGUUCAAUCUAAAGGGCGCGUUCAUUAGAUUAUUAUUGCUUACUCGGCAUGCAACAAGCUAAAUUGCCAAAUUUAAUACAUCAAAAGGACUUUGCGUGGUA